UAAAUUAAUUGGUUUACAUGAAAUAUAUAGCAUUUACAAAUGGCAGAGUAUAUACUGGGAUUGUUUUUCAUUUUUACUAGUAAUGACGGCCAUCAGCGACUUACAGCGAGACUGCGGGACGUCGGUAGGCAUUCUCACACUGGGGGGAACUUACUUGGUGUCACUGACAUACCCAGUGACACCGGUAUAGUGAUCAGUGCUAAUAAAAAGCACUGACACUGUACUAAUGGCACUGGGCAGGAAGGGGUUAACAUGAGGGGUGAUCAAAGGGUUAACUGUGUGCUGUGUGUAUGUUUUACUGUGUGUUUGUGCUUCACUGUAAACACACUGCUUUGCAUGGCUGUGCUAUGCACAGCCAUGCAAAGCAGUGUGCAGGAGCUGACACAGCACAGUUAACCC